AAUGCACCAAUGGCUCGCUGUUAAGGCCAUCGUCAUGGUAGUAGUCCCCGUAGCCAUGACAAACCCAAAUGUAUAAAACCAGAACCUCCACCUCCAACACCACCACCCUCCUCCGCCAUGUUUUCCGACAUUCCUCAACCCCUUAUCCGGUGAUGUAAUUAUACAUAAAAUAUUUGUAAAUUUCUUCUUUCUGACAAUCCCAACAUGCCUUCAGUCAUCGAUGAAGGGGACGAGAGCCGCGAGACGGAUCUGGAAAUGGGGCUGUGCUCGCCGUCUCCGACGCCGUUGCUGGCGCGGAUUCGAACCAAAAUUGGCACAGAGGCGCUCGGCGGAGGACCGAAUUCCGGCAAGGCACUAGUCAUGUCGAAUUCAGGCAAGCGAUUGGAUCAGCCAAAUUCAGCGAAGAAGAAGUACGUGAAGCAGGUGACGGGGAGGCACAACGACACCGAGCUUCACCUGGUGGCCCAGCGGGGGGACACGGCGGCGGUGAAGAAGGUGCUCGGCGAGAUCGGUGUGGAGUUUGGUGGUGUUGAUGUGGCGGAGAUUCGGUCAGACGUCGUGAAUGAGGUGAAUGAGCUCGGCGAGACGGCGCUGUUCACGGCGGCGGAGAAGGGGCACAUUGAUGUGGUCAAGGAGCUGUUACCGUACACCACCAUGGAAGGGAUUAGGGCAAAGAAUCGUUCGGGGUUUGAUCCGUUGCAUAUUGCCACCAGUCAAGGUCACCCAGCCAUUGUCCAGAUACUACUAGACCAUGACCCAGGGCUAAGCAAAACGGUUGCUCAAUCAAAUGUAACCCCGCUUAUAUCUGCUGCAACAAAAGGGCAUUUGGAGGUGGUUAAUGAAUUACUGUUGAAAGAUCCCAGCUUGCUAGAGAUAUCAAGAUCCAAUGGAAAAAAUGCAUUACAUUUAGCUGCCAGGCAGGGGCAUGUGGAUAUUGUGAAAGCAUUGCUCAAUAAGGAUCCACAAUUAGCAAGAAGAACUGAUAAGAAAGGACAGACUGCUUUGCAUAUGGCUGUAAAAGGGGUUAGUUGUGAGGUGGUGAAGUUGCUUCUUCAGGCAGAUGCAGCCAUUGUGAUGCUCCCAGACAAGUUUGGUAACACAGCAUUGCACAUAGCCACCAGGAAGAAACGGGCAGAGAUAGUUAAUGAGCUGUUACUCCUCCUGGACACCAAUGUGAAUGCACUAACAAGAGAUCACAAAACAGCCCUUGACAUUGCAGAAGAACUUCAUCUGUCUGAAGAAACUGCAGAAAUAAAGGACUGCUUGUCUCGUUAUGGUGCUGUCAGAGCAAAUGAACUGAACCAGCCAAGGGAUGAGCUUAGAAAAACUGUGACAGAAAUCAAGAACGAAGUCCACACCCAGAUUGAGCAAGCCCGGAAAACCAAUAAGAACAUGGACGGAAUUGCGAAGGAGCUCCGAAAGCUCCACAGGAACGGAAUCAACAAUGCUACUAACUCGGUCACUGUGGUGGCUGUUCUCUUUGUCACAGUCGCAUUUGCUGCUAUUUUUACAGUUCCUGGAGGUGAUGGUGAUAAUGGGGUGGCCGUGGUGGUGAGCAGUAUGUCUUUCAAGGUUUUCUUCAUCUUUAAUGCUAUUGCACUCUUCACAUCACUGGCUGUUGUCUUAGUGCAGAUUACACUUGUCAGGGGGGAGGUAAAAUCUGAGAGGAGGGUUGUGGAAGUGAUUAAUAAGUUGAUGUGGUUGGCCUCUGUUUGUACUUCAGUGGCAUUUAUAGCUUCUUCUUACAUAGUAGUUGGCCGGCAUCAUAAGUGGGCUGCAAUUUUUGUUACAAUUUUAGGUGGAGUUAUAAUGGCAGGAGUCCUUGGUACUAUGACAUAUUAUGUGGUUAAGUCGAAAAGGAAAGUGAGGAAGAAAGGGAAAUCGAAGCAUUACUUGGAUUUAUCUGAGUCGGAAGCAGUACAUCCAAUUUAUGCAAUUUGAUUUCAUCCCUGACAUUGUCUUGAUGUUUUGUUUUGUUUUUUGUUUUUUUUUAAAUGAAGAAAAUCAGAAGAAAAUGUGAUGCACCUUGUGUAUAAGAGGUUCUGAGCUGUAAAUUCUAGAGUAUCCUAUAGUUAUAUUAUACAUUGUUGCUUGAAUCUGCACUCUUUCAUGGAUUCAACGCAGAGUGGGUUUCUCUUUGAAUGAGAAAAUAUCAGGGUCUUUUUAUAAGCAGAUUCAGUUCUGAAUGCUCAAUUGACUUGUGAAUGUAUCUGUGAAUCAAAUUUGUGCUGAACCUAGUUAUGCAAUCAUGGUAAUUUGCUUUUGGUGAAAAUCUGAUAAGCAUUUGAUGUGCCCCCGUUUGAAAAGAUCAGAUUUGGACCCAAUAGCCAAAUUUAUUUAUAAAGGAUCAACUUUGAGUGUGCCAGUUGAUUCCACACAGCCCUAAUGCAAAGUAAGUUUUCUCAUAUGCGACUCUUAAUCAUACAUUUUCUUCAAUUGUUCCUUUAACCAAUUGUGAUCAAACUUUGACUGUCAUGGACGAUAUAAAAAUUGGCUCUCGAAACUGCCAACAGUGCCUAAGAUUUUAUGGUUGAUCAGAUGCUAUAUAUGUUACUGAUUUUGUAAUUUUGAUGAUAAAGUGAAGGUUCUUUCAUUAUUUGAUUGUGAAAAAUGAACGUCUCAAUGGGUUGUUGCAGCUCAUAGUAGAACAGAAGCCUUCAUAUCAUAAAGCUGCACAUUUUUAGAUAUUGGAUUGACAGAUAAAGAAGAUCUAGUGCUACAGAAUUAUAAAAAUUAAGGUAGGUUAGCUUCCAUUAUGGUGCUAGCUUCUUGUAGUUGGUCAGUUUAUUGUCAUUAAAAGUUGCAUUUGCUUCAUGUAAAUUUGUUCAUACAAGUCCUUAAGAACUCUGUUGAUAUGAUUGCUUCCAUUGUGUCAUAAGCUGUAAGUCCUGAAGUUCACUCUGUUGUGAACAAUCAUUAUUGGGAUUGCACGUUCUUAAGGACAGUUAACUAAGGAAUGAGGAAGAUUCAAUGCUGACAAAAAUUAAGAAAUAGAUAAACAAAUCACAUUAGGAAUAAAAUCUUUUUAUUGAUUCAAAAUUGUAUUUUAAGGUAUGGAACAUCACUAGUCUCCCCACAGAUUGAGUUCAACGAUACAUGCACAAGUUCACAUAUGUACAUACAUAUAUGUACAUAUAUUCAAUUGCAGAAAUCAUCUUACCCCUCCUUAUCACAAAAGUUGGGGAGGCUUUGGUAGCCAUGAAAAUUGCAUGUUUUCUGCAGCAAGGUGGCUACUGGAACCAUUCUUAAAACAACUGCUGUAAAGCUCUACUGGGACUACAGAUUAACAACCACCCAUACGAGGUUUGAUGCAACAAAUCAUUGUUUCAUAAUAAAGCACCAUGAUCUCUUGGUAGUAACAAUGUAGUAGUACUAGUUUUGAGCUAGAGUUUCAGAUUGUUGUUCUUUAAUUUCUUUUGCUUUUGUGAUCUCAUCAUUAGGUCUUGUGAAUUAAGAGAUUUGGGCCAUGUAACCAUCCGAUGUGAGUAGAAGAAAGCUUUCAAUUGAUGAUCCAGGUCAAUCUCCUCCAAUCAAUAGGAAAUUACAAUAGAAGGUAACUGGGUUCCUUGAAGUCAAGUCUGAUUUGUUCACUCACUUGACAGGUAGGUAAAAACUGCUCUAUUAUGUGAUUGGUUCUUCCACUAGAGUCUAUUGCUUUAGUCCCGACUUAAAGUAACCCCAAUAAAAGAACUAAUCAUAUUUGGUCCCAACUUAAAGCAAUGGACCUCAGUAAAAAUACCAAUCAUAUAAGAGGAUAACGUUCACCUACUGAACAAAUGGGUGAGCAAAAAUUUUUUUUUCUCUUGAAGUUUGUUUAUAUUUACUUUCAUCAGCUGCUUAUCCUUGUACUCACUUCCCUAUCCAUCUAUGACCUUUCUUUAGACUAUAUCUUGUGAAUCUUUUGGACAAGUCUUCAGGGAAUGGAAAAUAUAAUCAAGAAGAAAUUGCUUGGAAGUGUCUCUAGUUGCUUUGGCAUUGUGCACACUAAACUAUUAUCAGAAUAGGAAAACUCUAUUCUUACAUAGUUUUUAGGAAUUUAUGAUUAAGAUUGUGGCAGUGGUGUUUUUGAAAAUUUAAGCUACUUGAUGGCCUUCUGCUUUCAACUGAUAAGAUCAAAAGUUGCCAUAUAAUUUUGUAUUGAUUUUAUAUAAGUGUUUCUGUUUGUAUAAUAUUAUUCAUCUGAAUAUUAUUGAGGAAC